CUCCUCAGUUGUGUUGCUACACAGCACAAUGACACAGAGCCAGUGUUCCUGGUGAGGGCAGGCUAAUGCUACCAGAGCAGAAAGAAGGAACCACAUACAACUUGGAGCGUGUGAGUGUGAGUCAUUUCAGGUUUGGACAAAGUACACAGCAUUCCUGGAGGAGGUUUGUCAGGCAAUACACCAGGGCUUUUAUUUUGACGGUUGGAAGCUGAAGUGCUGUCGGCUGCUCCUCGCUGCCUUGACUCUGACUGAGAGUCUGGUAACUGCAUAGAAAAUGGAGUGUCAAUGUGACAAGGAUGGAGAUAUUGUGCCAGGCUGGUGGCUGGGCGGCAACAGCUUCCAGAUGGGAGGUUUUGCUGUGGUCGGAUAUCUUCUCUACCGAUUCUCUCAGACGCUCCCAGCUCUGAUCCGAUGGCCCAUUCGUAUCUUCUGCUCUUUAACUGGUCUGUCGGCUCUUUGGGGCUGGGUGAGCCACCUCGUGCGAACACUGCGCGGUAUCAAGAGGUUUAUCAAAUUCAUGUCCUGGAUGUGGCGGUGUAUCGCAGGAUCAUCCACACACGGAGACAUGGGCAAUCCCAGCAGUAAACCAGGCUUAAGGCUGAUCCUCAUUGGGCCCACUGGUGGAGGACGGACCACCUUGCUUAAUACUUUGCUGGGCAACAGUGACACAAAUGCACCAAAGGGUCACCUUUUAAAUUGCACCAAGCAAAUGACAGUAUUGGACGGUAGAGAGGUUACACUGAUCGACACCCCGGAUAUUCUUGGGUCAUCACUGGGGAUCAACAGAAGAGCCAGGGAGGCUUUAAGGAGCCUUCAGCUUGUGAGUCCUGGACCACACGCCUUCCUGCUGGUGCUCCAGGCUCCAGGCUCCAGCAUGGGGAUCGGCCACGACGCUAACCAGGCGAUGCAAGCCAUGCUAGAGCUUUUUGGGGAGGGGGUCGUUGGGCACAUCAUCCCAGUGCUCACCCACGCAGACAGGCUGGAUGGGACGCUCACUGGGGAUCAGCUGCUGGAGCUGGACACCGGGGGUCUGAGAAGGGCUGUGUCUCUGUGCGGCCAGAAGCCUGAGCUGGUGGACAACAGGCCAGACUGCCCCCCAGAGGAACAGAGUGCGACGCGCAGGCAGCUGGUGGAGCGGGUGAUGGAGCUGAAGGAUGUGAGGGGGGAUUUCGUCCACGAGCUGCAGAGGAGGGAGGACCGGAUCAAGGAGGAGCUGCUGAAUGACAUGGCCUCUGCACUGGCAGGAAAACUAGGACACAUGUGAAUGGAGUAGAAAGAGCCUCCGUGUGAAACAGUUACUAGGGCAGUGGGUAAAAUAAGGACAAGAGAUUAAUUUGUGUGUUAAACAUUCUAUUUUGACUUUAAGUGUAAGGUUGAUUCCCUAUUUGUGGUAUUUUUCUCCCCCUUCUGGUUUACCCUUGUCCAAAUGAAUUUACUACUCAUGGUGGCCGGUUGGUUUUCAACAUGACACAGAUGCUUGUGGUUGAAACUCAUAGUCACACAAACUUAAUUUUCCUAUUCUGAUGUGUUGAAAUUCUUGACUGUCUGCAUAUUGUUCAAUGUGAGCCUGUGCCUCAUGUUUUCAUACUCUGCUCUUGUGCCGAGCCCUCCUUUAUCUUCUAUAAUGUAUGAAGGAGAUGAAACUUUCAAGACGAUCGGGGGAAAUAAACCGAAGUCACAUUGGGACAAGAGUUCAGCAGCAGUUCUUAGGGCACUCUGGACUUUGUCCAGAAGCCUCUGAAAUGACAUUUAGUCCAAAAAUAUAACAUUACUCAAUUGAAUUACUGGUGAUACAGACUAUAUUCAUGUAGCUGAGUUCAGCGGAGAUUUUUAACAUAUUAGCAACAGAUAAAAAUAACAGGUUUGUGUAUCAUUUACACCUUCAUAUUUACUUAUCAUUUGCAGAAUUGUCAGAUCUUAAACCACAAAUUAGAACAGGAAAGUCGUUCUGACUGUGAUGGGUUAGGGUUAGGGUUAGCUUCCUCAUGAGCCUAAUAAUAUUAAUAAUAAUGAUAAUGAUGAGUAUUAUACUUUUUAUUUAAAUAGGUUUAAAUGUAGAAUGCAAAUAAAAGCAUUACUAAAACUAAUUCAAAUAAAUGUCUUAGUUGUACAGAAUUAGAGAUCUCACCAGAACUUUCUUAAGUCUUUAUUAAUGCUUCACAAUAGGCGACCCAACAAAACCUUGGUCAGAAAAAAUUAUCUCUGUCAUACAUAAGCAAGGCAAAGACCCAGCUUCAUGUGGGGGGUAUAGACUUGUUAGCUUGCUCUGCCUA